UGAUUCUGGACCUGCUAAGUAUAAAAGAAGGAGCACCUCUGCCGGAGACUCAAGCUUAGCUAGUACAUCUCCGAGCUUCACACCAUGGAGGCCAGCUUCUUACUGGUAGUCGGCGCCAUACUGGCCACGGCCAUUGCAGGCCCUAUCAGUGUGAGACAAGGAGAUGAAGACAUGACAUCAUGCGCCAAAUCAUGCACAGGCACAUCCAAAUUUAAUUACGUCCCCGGAACGACGUAUGAGUUUGUGUACAACGUUCAAACACAGACGUCCAUGGAGGGAGCCUCCAGUGAACGAGCGUCUCUUGGUAUCCGGGCAAGUGCUGACAUCGAAGUGCUGUCGAAGUGCGAAAUGGCUCUACGGCUUCGCGAUGUCAAAGUGUACCGAUCUGAUCCCUAUUCUUCCAACCCUAUGAAAUAUGCUGACGAAACUGGGGAAUUCAAGAGGAAUCUAGAAAGAUUCCCCCUUCGAUUCUCUUUCCAAGAUGGCGUUGUAGAGGAACUGUGUCCAGCUGAUGGUGAAACAACAUGGGCUCUCAACAUCAAGAGGGGUCUUCUAACUGCUGUCCAAAACAGCAUGGAUCGUAUUGACACAGACCAGAGAGUAAAAGAAAGAGAUAUUGCUGGCAGCUGCUAUACAGAUUACAAAGUAACCAAUUCUGGAUGGUACAGCACGUCAAUCAAGAAAGUCAAGGAUAUUCUUGGAUGCACCGAUCGCCAUGGCUACCAGAGUUCUGUCCAUGCCAUGCCAUACAGAGUGCCAUCGGAUAUCCAGUCCAUGCCACUGAUGAAGAGCACACACGAAAAUGACCAGGAACUGGACAAGAAUGGUCGCCUUAAGAGUGCACUUAUUACGGAGACACACACCUUCAGACCCUUUUCUCAGGACAACAAUGGUGCCACAACCAAAGUUCUCCAGAGACUCAACUUCAAGUCUGAGAGAUCUGGCGUUACAACAAGGCCUGAUUUGAUCGGCAGCCGUACAGGUCUGAUCUAUGAGCACGUUUAUGGAAAUGGCCAACGUGCUGAACCAAGGAGGGAGGCAGAAAACAAACUCCAGGAAAUCUGCAGGGAUACAAGGGAAGACGUCAGACCAGACACGCCACGUCUCUUUUCUGAACUUGUCUACAUUAUCAGAAACAUGGAUGUCACAACCCUUAAUGGUGUCUACAAUCAAGUCAAGAGAGGUUCACUCUGCAGUGACAACAAUGAGCGCACCAUGAAGUUCUUCACUGAUGCCAUUCCUAUGGCAAGCACAGGUGCUGCUGUUCAGUUUCUGACCGAACUCCUGACUGGAAAAGAUGUGACCGGAACCCAGGCUGAAAUGUGGAUCACCUCACUUGCACUCAUUCACCAUCCAACAUUAGAAAUGCUUGAAAAUGUCAAGGCCCUUGUGGAGUCCCCUGAAUUGAGUCUGAAAGCCAUGCUACCUGUGUCCACUAUGAUCAACAACUACUGUAGCCAUAACCCAAGCUGUUCGGAUGAGAUUGCUGUUACGAACAUCCUUUCAAGCCUAGAGAAGAACAUUGACUAUGGCUGCUAUGUAAGAGACAAUAAACUCAAUAGAAUUCUGAUGACUUUGCGUGCCAUUGGAAAUGCAGGUCACUCAGAAAGAGUUGUUGACAGCAUCAGAAAUUGCUUCACCAAAGAAGGAAAUCCAAUAGAAGUCCGGGUUGCGGCUGUCGAAGCAUUCCGUCGCCUUCCAUGCUCUGCUGAUAGAAAUGAAGUGAUGACCAUCUACAGAGAUGGAGAGGAGGACUCUGAGCUGAGAAUUGCUGCUUACCUGGCUCUCAUGCGGUGUCCUUCAGAAGAUGUCCUCAGUAGAAUCCAAGAAACCCUUGUGUCAGAGAAAGCUAAUCAGGUUGGAUCCUUUGUCUGGUCUCAUCUUACCAAUCUGAUGGAAACAGCCAGUCCACAGAAGCAGACAAUCAGGCGCAUUCUGGAGGACAAGACUCUUCAGAGAGAAUUUGAUCUGGAGACCCUGAAGUAUUCCCGCAACUAUGAAGGCUCUCUUUUCCUGGAGAAAUUUAACACUGGUGCCAUGGUUGACAGCAACUUGAUCUUUUCUGAGAAGUCUUUCGUUCCUAGAUCUGCAAUGAUGAACCUGACAGUGGAUCUCUUUGGAAACUCUAUCAAUUUGCUGGAAAUUGGUGGUCGCAUUGAAGGCCUCGAAUACCUCCUGGAAACCUAUCUGGGGCCUUACGGCUACUUUGGUGACAAGAACUCCAACAAGAAAAACACAGAACAGAGUCGAGCUGACCUUGGCAAACUUCGGGGUGCCAUGUACAUGAGGAUCUUUGGAAACGAGAUGUUGUACAAACACUUCAAGGGAAUGGAGUCCUUGACGUCUGCUUCCAAGUUCAACUUCCUUGAAUUUCUGAUCAAGAUGUCUAAGAAGCAUGACUACUCCUUCACUCAGAGUAUGAUGAUCCUGGACAGCAGCAUGAUCAUCCCCACCAGCUCCGGUCUCCCCCUCAACCUGACCGUCAAUGGAACAGCUACCAUCAAUUUUAAGGCCUCUGGUCAAGUAGAUCUCCGCAAAGUUUCCACCAAGCCACGCAGUCUCCUCAUUGAUGGAACUAUCCAACCAAGUGGAGCAAUACAGAUUGCUGGCACAAUGAGUAUGGAUGCCUUCGUGACAAAGUCUGGUCUUCGUGUCUUCAACACCUGGCACUCCAGCACUGCCCUCAAGGGUCGUGUAGAACUGACUCGUGGCAAGAUUCUCAGUGCUGAACUGGAACUCCCGCAACAAAAGAUGGAAAUCUUUGACGUCAAGACCACCUUCUUCUCAAUUCAUGGGGAUCUCGAACAAGAAGAGAAACUUAUCACAGAAAAUCGCCAGGACUUGAAGUUGUGCACUGGUGAAAGACUUGCACAAAUUACUGGUGUUGAACUGUGCAAUGAAUUCCACUGGGCCAAUGCAUCCUUAACAAAUGGAGCUCCCUACUUUCCAUUCACUGGUCCAUUUUCCUACAGCAUGACUCUUAUAAAGAGAGACUCACACAGUGGCUAUAAACUUCUGGCUAAGCGCACUGAGAACAAGGUCUCCAGCACAGCUCAACUUACUUUUGACACUCCUGGAUCUAGAGUAAACAGAGCCCUAUCCAUGGAUGUUACUGUCAACUACAAGAAUAAGGAGUUGGAACUGGAAGUAGUUUCACCCUGGAAAAAGGCAACAGUAAGAGGCAAUUUGGACACUGACCAAAAGCUGCUUGGAGUUGGUGGUAACCUUUUGUUGGAUGACAAAGAUGAGUAUGGCUUAGUGGGACAAGUGAAGAUAGUCAAAGGAAAGGAUGCUGUGACAUACAAACCACGCUUUGAGAUCAGACAACCAGGGGCCAGAGUUAUUCUUCUGUCUGGCUCUGUAAACACUCAGGGAUCUAGGAAAGCAACCACUGACCUGUCUCUUGAAGGAAUCACUGCCAAGCCAGUCAUGCUCAAAUCUAACCUCCAGAGCACCAAGAAUGAAAGAAGCAUGACAGUUGUACUCAAUUUGGGCAAGAAAGAUGGCUACAGUCUUGAUGCCAGCCUCAUCAACAGGAACACUGGCAAGAAUAACCCCAUCAUCAAAAUCAUACCAAGAUUUGUUGUCUCAAUGCCUGAGUAUGAACUGAUCAACCUCAAUGGAAACUCCCUUUACAAGCCUCAGAAACUGAUCGAUGGUGACAUGUCCCUCUCCAUCUAUAAGGUCCUUCCUAAGCCACUCACAGCCUCAUGGAAACUCGGAGUCAACAGUCGAAAAAAUGUCGAAUACAAAGGUUCAGUUAGAGUGAGAUCCAGGUUCGUCAAUGUCAGACUUGAGGGUGGCGUUGAUCUGAAGAAGAAGAAUAUUGUGUCCUCCAAACUUACCGUCGACUACAGUGUUCCUGCCUUGAAGUUCAUCAAACCAAAUAAGUUUGAUAUCAGUUCCAAAUUUACCAACAGAAGUACAAAGUCAACGUUGAAAUAUAACCUGAAUGCAAACUUCGUGUUGAAGCAAAACCAGGACUGGAACUUCCAAACAGAUCUGGACUUCACCCACAACAAAAAACAGACUGGAGGUAGCAUGCAGCUGAAGUAUGGAAACAAGGAUCCAACUAAAACAAUGUCUACUACUGUUGAUAUCAACCACGAAGUGGGAGCCAAAUCAGCAAACGUUAAAUAUGACAUGCAAGCUAAAUUCCCACCAAAGGAAGUUGACAUCCGACUGAAGGGAAAACACAAGCAUGAUAAGAACACCCUUGUGUCAAACGUGCAACUAGACUAUGCUAAAGGUAAGGCAAUAAAAGCCUUCCUUAACUUAAAGGACAGCAGCAAGAAGGCCAUGAAAAUGUCUGGUAUCUUCAAUUUGGACUCCCCAUUCAAAGAUAUCAACUUGAAGACUGAUCUCACACAGAAGAAAAGAGAUUUUACACAUCAAAUCACUCUCAAACUGGACAAAGCCAAGUCGACGGUUGUCACAACUUACAGUAAACAAAAGGGAACCAUCCACAGUGUGGAUUCACAGAUUAAUCUUCAUUCCAUGAAUCCAACAAGGGUUAUGGGUGAGAUAGAUCUGGACCUCAAAGACUUUAGGGUUUCAGGAAAGGUGGAUCAUGCCAAGAAGUCCUAUGGUGUUGCUACAGCCUACAAAUAUACCAAGGAUCCAAAAGGAAAAUGGUCACUGGAUCUUACCUACCCAGCCCGCCACAUCAUAGUUGAAGUAGAGGGUGGCAAAAAGGGAACUAUCUAUGCUGGAUCUGUUGAUGCGAAAUGGAAUGCUGGCAAUGACACUCAGAAGAAAGUAAAUGCACAAGGAAGCAUUGACUACAAAUCAGUCAACGAUAUUGAUUCAUCUCUAUCACUGAAAUAUCCGUCAAGAGUCCUGAAACUGAAUGUUAAACACCAGGGUGGAAAUACCUUGACUUCCCAUGCUGACUUAUCCUGGUCAUCUAAGAAACAGAUCUCUCUUGAUACUACGUACAGCAACCAAGGGUCAUACAACAGUCGGAACAUUCAAGGUUCUAUCAAAUUGCAAACACCUUUCAGGAAGUUCGAAGAAAUGUCAGCUGAAAUGAGUACUGAUAAUCGUCCCCAAAAGUACACUUCAACAGCCAAACUGAUUUGGGGUUCUCAAGGAAAUGCAAUCAAUGGUGCCAUUGUUUUGAAGAAGCCAUACUCCCCCAAGGGCAUUGAUCUAAGAAUAACAGCUAGCUCACCCUUCAAAGGAUACAGACGAAUGAAUGCUGAACUGGAACAUUCUAUCUCUGACCAAAGAUUGAAUACCAACAUCAAAGGGGCCUUUGAAGGAAGAAAUGCUGAAUUCACCAUCUCUGCUCAAAACAAAGGAGACUUAUAUGAUCGUGAUGUUGCAGGCAGUUUUGUUCUGAGGUCCAACAUUCCCAAAAUGAAGUCUAUCGCCCUACAAAUGGAACACAAAGAUGAUAACAGGAAAUUUGUGACAGAAGUAACAGCUGAUGUAAAUGGUGAUCGCUAUCAAUAUAACCUUGGUAUGACACAUGCUCUGACUGGCUGGCAGUACCAAAAUGCUGGAGAAUUAACCCUUAUGGCACCAAAGAUAAGAAUGACGAACACGUGGACUCACAGAAACACAGGAAGGGAGUUAAAGACCACUUUGACAUCUGAGUGGGGAAGAGAGCGAAAAGUUCAUUUCGAUCUGUCUGGAAAUCAUGACUCUUCUGCAAGAUACACUACAACAGGAGGCAUCAUUCUUCAAACACCAUGGGAACCUGUGAAGGAUAUUGACAUCUCUUUGAACAAUGCCUUUGGCAGAGGAUAUAUCCGUAGCAUUUCUCAUUUCAAGAAGGACAAAUCCACCCUUGCAUCAAGUGAGAUCAACUACAGGCGAUCAACUGAAUUGGCAGAAUUUGACUUUAUCAUUACUACACCAGUCACACAAGACCUGAAAGGAAAACUCAACUCAAGAUACAACUCUUACCCGAUGUCUAGCCACUUAGAAUUUGAAUGGGCGCCACGCAAAAUGAUUUCAGCAGAUGGGGCUAUUGAUCUUGCAUCAAUUGAAAAUCUUGAUGGUGAGCUUCGAAUUACCACUCCAUACAGGAACUUCAGAAACAUUCUGCUCAAGUCUUCUCACAAAUAUGAAAAUAGUGAAUGGCUGUCAGAUGCACGCUUAGAUUAUGCUCCCAGAAAAUCCAUUGAACUGGAAUCUCACAUCAACACUGGAUUGGUUAAGAAGGCAAGAGUAACCCUCAAGACACCUUUUGAUGAUCUGAGUGUGCUGGAUGCAGGAAUCGAGUUCAGUGGUGGACUUAUGACCUUUGACAGCAGAGCGGAUUUUGAGCUUCAGCCAACCACUGGGAAGUAUACUGCAGUUAUGAACUGGAACUAUGCCAAUUCAGAUGUUUCAGGAAAGCUUAGAAUCGAUACUCCCCUUGAAACACUUCGAUAUAUGCAGAUGAUCCUCUCGAGCCAGAAACAGAACAAUGGCAAGAGGCACUCUCGUAUUGAGGUUGAGUACCACCCAAAGGAGAAAUUGUUCCUUGAUGUCACAUAUAAACUGAAUUCACUAGAAAAUAUUCAUCUGAAUGUAAUGCUCGGCACACCAUUUGAAAACAUUGAGCAUGUUUCUGUAACUUUUAAUCAUGCCCUUCGCCGUCGAGGUAUCGAGUCUGAAUUUGAUGUGACAUAUGCACCCUAUAGACCAAUAACAGGACUUCUAAAACUGUCAUGGAACAAUGAUAUUGAUGGAUCAGUUAUGAUUGCAACGCCCUUCAGAAGUUUAAAGACACUUUCAGCCUCCAUUCGUCAUGAAGGUGAACCAACUGAUUUCAAGAGUCAUGCAGAGCUUCAAUUUAACAGCGAUAAGACAUGUGAAAUGGACAUUAAAUUUAAACAUGGAGACAGGACAAAGGGUUCCUUCUCACUGAAGACACCAUUUACCAACUUUGGGGAAACCAAAGCAUCGGUCUACAGGAGAGGGGGAAUUAGGAGCCUGCAAUCAGGUCUCACCCUGACAUAUGCUGAUGCACAGGAAAUUGAAGCCACUUUCACCAACAGAUUGACAUCUUCAUCACUUGAUUCUGUGCUACUGAUCAAAGCACCUUUCACCGAUGACAUCCACAUGUCAGUUGAUCACAAUGGGCAACUCACCAGCUUUACAAAUAAGUUAGAAGGGUCUGUUGGUAGUACAUAUUCUCUGUCAUCUCAAACAGGAUUUACCCUGAGGAAACCAACCAUCGAUUUUAAUACAAACCUUCGAUUAAAAUGUGAUCAAGGUAGCAGGAACAUCGGAAUAACAUUCCACAAAGAAGGACAAGUAAACAACAUGAACAGCUACCUGACUGGAGAAUACAAUGGCAAGCGUAUUGAAAUCAGAGGAGCACUAAAGAUGAUCACAGAUAUAGAUGGAAGUCUUACGAUCCAAACACCCUUUGAGCCAUUCAGAGACAUUGGUAUGACCGUGAAACAUUCAGGGAAUAUGAACAGAUUCAAUAGCGAGGGUGUCAUCAGGUACAUGGAUGGACAAACUGCUGAAGGCACUGUUGCAUUCUCUCAUAAUGGCAUAAGAAGGAUUGAUACUAAAGCAGAGAUCAGAACACCAUUUACUGGUUCCAAAUCAGCUACUUACCAUCACACAAUGAAUGAUGAAAACAUAUCAGCUAAUGCUGAAGUUCAAUAUGGUACAGGCAAGAAAAUUACAGCUGAAGUUUCUGCAAUGAAAUCUCCUAAGAUAGAUGUGUCAGCUGAAGUCAGAACACCAUUUCAAUCCUUUGAGGUCUCCAAACUGAUUAUCUCCCAUGAAGGUCCUCUUGGUAACUGUAAAAGCCACGCAGAGUUUGAGAUGGCUGGAAAGACCAUGACUGCUGAUUCUAGUGUUAUGCAUGGAGAGUCAAGCAAGUUAGAUCUUGUCAUCCUCACAAACAUGGAAGGCUAUGAGAGUCUUAAGAUAAAAGCAAACAGGGAAGGCACUUUGAGGAAUCUUAGGACAGGUGCACAGAUUUCUCUUCGUGAUGCUGUCUCUGAGGUAUCUCUGAACAACCGUUUCACAGGAAGACGUCUUGUUACUGCCUUUGUACUAAGAGACCCAUACAUACAGGAAAUAACAUUCAACAUUGAUCAUAAUGGCAUCCUUUCCAACUUUAAAAGCCAGGUGUCUGCCAACAUGGGUCGAGAUGCAACACUCACAGGUAAUGUGGUGUUCAACAUGGAAGAUCUUGCCAUCAACAUGGAAAGUAAUGUUGCGUAUACUAUGGCCGGAAGUGGAAACAACUAUGCCAUCAAACUUGGGAAGCAUGGGCGACUUGAGGACCUCACAGCCUUCCUCACAGCAAACUGCGGUGACAAAAACAUUAACAUUAAAGCAGCUCUCAGAUCUGAUGACAACAUUCACGGAGAAGUCAGCGUUGUUACUCCUUUUGAAGAUUUCACAGAUCUUGCACUCAAGUUUGAUCACUCUGGUGUCCUGAAUAGCUUUUCAUCGGAAGGAACUAUUAGGUACAUGGAUGGUAAAGAACUAUCUGGAAAAAUCAACCACAUGAACAAUAGGUUGAGACGUAUCCAGUCAAGUAUUGAAGUGAAAACUCCAUUUAGCAGUUAUGAGUUUACAAAGGUCGAAUACAGGCAUAGAGGAGAUAGCAACUCUCUAAAGUGCAAUGCUGACGUUCAGUAUGGGUCGCAAAGAAAGAUGAGUGCAGAAAUGAGUAUGGGAAAGUCCAUGGACAGGUAUGUCUUGGUCAGUAAGCUAAGUACAGGAAGAAGGAAUACAUUCUCUUUGGACUCUACAGUUGACCUCUCAACAUCACCAAUGACAGCCACAGCUACACUUAAAACCCCUCUAGAAAACUUUGACAACAAUGAAAUUUCAAUCAGCCAUAACGGAGAAUGGAAGAACUUCAGGUCCACAUUGGACAUGAAAUCUCCACUCAUUAGUACUGUCUCUGGAGAAGCUGCUCUUCACUACACAUCUCCAUUUGAAAUGGAUGCUUUAGUUUCUCUCACAGACAACCUUAAACUCUCUGUAGAAAACACGCUGAGAAGAAGCAGACAAAGAUCCCACAUUGUAGCUGCCUGGGCGCCAAGGAAGCAGAUAACUCUGGAUGGAUCCUACGUAUACUCAAGCAACUUUGCGGAGAAACAGUUAUCUGCAGAUGCUUCUUUGUCUACGCCCUUUAAACCUUUGAGACAAGCAGCACUGAAAAUCCAACACAGCCGAGGGGAUGAAAGGUCAACUCAGACGAUUGAAGCUGACUAUAACGGAGAGACUGUCCUGGAUGUAGACAUGGAGUACCACAAGGCAAACAAGCACGAAAGCAUUAUUACAUUCAGGAAGCCAAGAGCAAUGCAGUACACUGUGUCUGGUGAGUUUGCAGACAACAGCAUCGACACUGAUCUGUUUGUCAACUGGGAUAGAGAUGAACCAGAGAGCAAUGUCAGGUUCCAAACUUCCCUCAAUGACCAAAGUGGAAGAAACACCAUUGAUAAGGCUAUGACAAUCAAAUUAAUCCACCCUGCUAGAACACUCGGUGUCACUGGUACAAUUGCCAAGAGUGGAAGUCAGACCAAGAGUGUGGGCCAACUUAUUUGGAAUGAAGAUGCCGGACAGAUGUUCUCCUAUGAUCUGGACCUGACUGAUAAGAGUCGCAGAUACAGCACAAUGUACGAUGGAUCCCUACGCCUGGGAACUCCUGUGCGGGGAUUCCAAAUGGAUGGUUCAUUCAGCAAUGCCCAAGGAAGAAAGAUAGUGGAUGGCACCUUCUUCUGGGAUGCUGUCCGUGAUCAGACGAAACAAGUUGGUAUUAAAGCUGUUCUUUCUCCAUCUGACGUCCAAAAGAGAGCCGAGCUUAGCCUGAGACUGCCUUCCAUUGGAAAGGACAUCAAGGUUGACACUGAGUUGACAUUGAAUGAUGGACGAACCCUCUUUGAUGGCAAGACAGAACUCUCUUACUCUUCAGACUCCAGAAAGACUCUCACCCUCAGCUCCAAAGUUGAGGACAUUUCAUAUGGCUAUUCCAAUAAGAACUACAGCAUGACAGUGGCGAUUUCACACCCCUACACUGAUGUUGAUGUGAGUCUGACAUCCAAUAUUGGAAUGUCCAGAGAGAAGUACACUAGUGGUAUGAAUGCCAAGUACCUGACUGCCAGACGUGAGCGUAAGAACUUUGCUCUGCGUGGUGAAAUCAACCGGAUCAGAAAGCAACUUGAUCUUCAGAUGAUGUCUCCUCUGACGACGAUGACUCUGUCAGGAGAGGUUGACACCACCAACCCCUAUCAUCUCAGAAUCAGUAACAAUUAUGGUGAUGACCGCACCCUCAAAUGUGUGAUGACUUUUGACAAGGAGAGGAGAUUUGUUGACUUCCAGACGAACUAUGACCUUGAUAACCCAAGUAACACUAUCAACUUGCAUGCCAACUACAUCAACUCAACUGCAGUGAAAGCUGAACUGUAUAGUACAACCAACAGCGGACGACUCACCGACAGUCUUGUUUUCGUUCGUCUUAACACAUCAAGAAUCCUCCACACCAGGAUCUCUUGGAGACCAGAAGUUGUUCAGGAAACGCAGGAGUACUUGACUUACAAGGUCCGGAGGUUUGGUCAGAAGGCAAAGAGUGAAUUCCAUGACAUCUAUGAAUCUGUUGGACGAGAAAUCACUGGGAAAUACCAACGAAUUGCUACAGCUUUCAGUGAGGACAUUGCCCCUUUCGUAACGCUCGUUGAAAGUGAGAUGGCAAGCAUUGAGGCUCAGCUAGAUGACAUCAGACGUGACAUCAGGCGCAUGUAUAGCCGAAACGACCUCUAUAUUGCAGACCUGGGAGAAACAUUCCUAUCCACAUUUGAGAGCUACAAGGAUUUUGUCACGGCUACAAAAGCCAGGUUUGCCAAGAUCAGCGAGGCAAUGACCUAUUACCUGGAGGAAGUGAAGAACUACCCAAUCAACAGAGAGUACCAAGAGAUGGUAUCCCAGUCCCUUUCUACGCUAAAGACUGUCAUCGAUUAUGGUGUGACAUCCGCUGUUGAUAUUAUUGGCAAGAUUGAUGACCAACUGAAAGCCCUCAAGGAUCAAUACCAAUUCCAAUCUCAAAGAAUCCAGGAUGGAGUUUCAGAAUCCAUAAACAGAAUCAAGAACCACCCGAGACUUAUUGCCCUGAAAGCCAGAAUGUCUGACAUUGACUACCAAAGGUACAUCACAAUGGUCCAGGAGAGAGUAAAUAGCUGGAACAUCCCCGAGAAAUACAACUCUGUUAUCUACAAUGCCCGUGAGAUGAUCAACAGCAAUCUCGCCAAUGUCCUGGAACAUGAAGAUGUCAAACACAUGAGAUCUGUCGCCAACAACGUUUACCAAGAGGGUGUGUGGGCAUACAACUACUGGCAGGUGGAGGAAAAUCUACAAAAGCACCUCAGCAGCAUCUAUGAGAUCAUCAAGGAGAUGGUUGAGGAGGAGAUCCAGAAAUACCGACAGUACCUGAACUUUCUGGAGAAAUCCAAGGUCACUGUGUGGGACCCUGAGCAUGGUGAAAUCCAGAUGGAUGUGUACCUGCCCAUCCCACUCAAGUCUCUGGACUCCCUUCCCGAGGUGGAUUCCUAUGUUGACAGGGUCAAGAAUGCUGUAGACCGAUACACCCCGGACAGAGAAACCAUCAAGCAAUACUACGACAAGUAUAUGCCCAACAUCAAAUGGAGAUCUGCAAAUCAAACCAAACCAAGCGAUGACCAGUUCACUGAAGAGCUCAAUGAGUUCGUGAUGAAGAAGUCACUUAGACAGCGCCGUCGUUACCGAGCCAGAAGCAUCUGAACAUCUGGCAUGUCCGAAAAUGAUCUUGAGAUUAUUGUAAUAUGUUAAUAAUUUAUUUAUUUCAUUGUGUAUAAUGUACAGUUCUUAUUGAAUAAUCUUUAUGUUCAAUAUAUUGCAUUAUUUGAAAAUAAAACAUUGACCUGUA